CCCAAGAUGGCGGCGCGGUCGUCGUCGGCGGUGGCCGGAGCGCGGGCGGUGGCGGCGGCGCGGCCGGGAGCGAGGGCAGGGGUGAGGCGGGCGAAGGGCGGCAGCGCGUAGCGAGACCCACGAAGCGAGACGCAGAGAGAGACUGUCGCGGGCAGGCGGUCCCCCCGCGCCCCCCCGUCCUUCGCCGCCCGGUGGGUCCCGCCCGCCCCCGCCCUCCGGGCCGCGCGUCCUCCGGCCCCGCCGCCCCCGGAGCGGAGGAUGAUGAAGCUCAAGUCCAACCAGACGCGCACCUACGACGGGGACGGCUACAAGAAGCGGGCGGCCUGCCUGUGCUUCCGCAGCGAGAGCGAGGAGGAGGUGCUGCUGGUGAGCAGUAGUCGCCAUCCGGACCGAUGGAUUGUCCCCGGGGGUGGCAUGGAGCCCGAGGAGGAGCCCGGCGUGGCCGCCGUGCGCGAGGUCUGUGAAGAGGCUGGAGUGAAAGGGACGUUAGGAAGAUUAGUGGGAAUUUUUGAGAACCGGGACAGGAAGCACAGGACUUAUGUUUACGUACUCAUCGUCACCGAAGUGUUGGAGGACUGGGAGGACUCUGUCAAUAUUGGAAGGAAAAGGGAAUGGUUUAAGAUAGAGGAUGCCAUAAAAGUUCUGCAGUAUCAUAAACCAGUGCAGGCCUCGUAUUUUGAGACCUUGAGGCAAGGCUGUCUGGCCAACAACGGCACCCCGGUCAUGACCACGCCGUACUCCGAGAGCUCCGUGUCCGACAUCAGAUGACUGACGACGUCCCUGCGAGAGCAAUUCCCAAAAGCAGACUGAGACCUGGAUUUCCCUCCCCUCCCCGUUUCCAUGCCUCCUCCCUCACACCAGGCAUGGGCAGCCGCCUGGGGCAGAGCAAGUGUUCAGAGUGCUGCGAUUUAGUGCAAGGUGGGAUGAUUUUUUUUUUUUGUUGUUGUUGGCUUUUUUUGGCUUUUUUUUUUUUUUUUUUUUUUUUUGGAUCUGUAUUUUGUAAAAUACAUUUUGUGCAUGAAGUGCCCCUUUCCUGGUACUCCGCUCCACGGCCUGGAGGCUGCCAGCCCCGCAUCUGCCUUGUGCUCUGAAGUGUCCCAAGUGUCCCCUUCGUGUCACCCCAGCCAGAGCCACUUUUUUUUUUUUUUUUUUUUUUUUUUUUUUAAUUAAAAGACUUCCAGUGUGAGAUCAGCUCUUCAAGUCUUAGUCUGUACUGUAAGGUGCUGCUCAGACCCGUGUUGGGAUUACUCGCUGCACAUCUGUAUAAACUUUUUUUUAGAUGGAGGAUCUAACAUUUUAAUUUUGCGGGAGUUUAUUUUUUUUUUUUUUUUUAAUCCUGGUCUGCUUCUGAAAAGAAGGGUUCAUAAUUAAUCUGUUUGCCUUUUGUUCUGUUUUUUUAAAAACACACAUUCUGUGACAGUGCUAGUGGCUGGGCCAGUUUACUCCCCAACCAGUAUCUCCCGAUUUAGUGCAGUGACACUUGAAGUUGAGGGCAGAGUUCGGAUCACCUGCAGACGUCCCUGCAGACAUCCCUGCGGCUUCUCCGACAGCUUCCGCCAACGUUUCUGCGUUUCCAUCCGAGGGAAACCGCACGGAGCUGGUCUGGAGCCGCUGGCCAAAACCAAACAGCCUCAGCAGCGCUGCGACAGCGCCCGGGUCGCGCCGGCCGCGGUGGGAUCGGGGAUGCAGGGGGGGUCGGACGGACAAACUGCAGUGAGGCUCCCCAGCGCUGUGCCCUGCUCCCGCUGCGUCCUGCUCGUGUCUCUCUCGUCCACAUGCCUUACGCCGUGCUGAACUGGACACUUGGGGUUUGUGCUGAAGCAUCGGGCCGUGCUCCCCGAGCGGCGCUGCCGCGCUCGGAGAACCGCGCGCGUGUCCCUGAAGAGAAGUCCCGGGGGGAAAAUUCAGGUGUUCGGUCUCUUGUCCUGUGGUUCUGCAGCACUUACGGUCGCACCGUGGAGCGUGUUUGAAGUGUGCCCUCCGUGAAAGGUACAGCUGCCUCCUGCAGGCAGCAUUCCCGGGGGAGCAGCACAGGAGAGCUCCCCGGUGCGUUGGCACACUUCUCUUGGGGGGUUUGUUGUUUUAUUGCUGUAAGUUUCAUGCUGUCUUGAUUUGCCAACAGUGUUGUCUAGUUGGGAAAUAAAACGGGAAGGGUUGGGGUUUGGGGGGGGUGGGUUGGGACAGGUACAAGUUUUGGGAGGGGCAUUAAUUAAUCCCUGGCUUGGGACAAGAAGUGGUUGCUGAGUUCAGUAACUUCUCCUUUGUCAGAGCAGAGCCAAGAUGUGAAAUUAAAUCUGCAGUACUUUUUUUUUUUUUUCCGUUUUUUUUUUUUCUUGCUCUUUAUUUAACAAAAAAUAUUCUAAUAAACACUCACUGUUCUGGAGUUUUCUCUCUUCCUGAGAAGCGCUUACAAUAUAAAAAUCUGAUAGAAAUAUCCAUGGAGCCUGGGACAAGGGGGAAUGGUAUCCUUGCUGGUUUGGCAAGAAGCUGUUCAUUUUAAGAUCCUCUUCUGUUCCUUUCCUUGUUCUCCCUGCUUUCAUCGGUGUGGAGUAGCCAGGCCAAAAGCAGUGCCAGUGAUCGCUGACAUGGAAAACCACGCGUAAGGAACAGCCCAUUAUUCGAGGAGUAGCUCAAACCCAAGCGUCUGGAAUUGAGCCUAAAUUACACCAGUUCAGCUCACUUCAACUUAGAGACGAAUGUACAAUCCUUUCUCACUAUGUGCUGGUCAGCCUGAACCAAACUCUCAAAAGGGCUUGAAUAUUCUAUCUGGAAGUGUCCAAGAAAUUCCCAGAGGGGCUGUCCCCGUGCCCUGCGAGGCACCUGACACAGCCAUCUACUGCCUUCAACGAGUCUUGGUCUCUACUGUACAGAUUAGUAUGUUGGAAAUGCUUUGCAACAAAACAGCUGGUACUCCUGAAAGAGUAACUGCAGUUUUAAUAUCAGCAGCAUGCACACUUUUGUUUUUAAACUAAAAAUGUUUUUACAGGGCUGUUAAACUGACAAUUUAGGGUAGAAUAUUGUUAAUGACUUGCUAAUGGCUUAUUUGUUUGGGUCAGAAAAAAUAAAUUGUGCCAAGAAAGUG